UGAGUUUGUUGGAUUUUUUUCUUGCUCUUUUUAGGGUUGUUUCACUCUCCUGGUAAUUAUGUUCUCUCUCUACAAUUAAAUAUGGCAUCUUUUGAUGCUACAUGUCUGAUCCGCCCAUCUAUACCAAUUAUGUCAAUGUGCAUCUAUCCAUUGACAAAUUAUAUAAAACUAAUUAUGAUACUUGAGCAUCAAACAUUAAACUUUGUCAAUGUUAUGUUUAUCAUCUUGCCUAGAGAGAGUGACCAAUAUUUUUGAAAAUGAGCUUUCUUGUUGGUUGGAAAUUGAUGCUCAAUUAUGCAUUGUACAUUCAUUCAUCACCGAAAGAACUAUUUUGUUCUUGAGACAUGUUCAGAUGUUUAGGAAUAGGCUAGACUAUUGUCCACAAUGAUUCUCAACGUCUUUAUGGUGUUUGUCAAAAUAUCCUAAAUAUGGUUGCUCAUGGUUGUCUUGAUAGUACAAUGGCUAAAUAUUUGGAUAAAGUUCAUACUCUUCUCCAUGAAUUCAAUGAAUUAUUACCUCUAACCUCUUGUCUCUUGCCUUCACUCCUUCUCAAUAACUAGAUCAAUGAUCAAAGUUCUUCAUGUUGUUGGCUUUACAUGGACUUUUUGAUGAUUAUUCACAUGUUUGUGACCAAAUUCUAGGGGUCUCCAGUUGUGCCUACUUUUACUUCCACUUAUUUCACCCUAUUGUGUGUGUUGGGUAAGUCAACCACUAAAAUACCUUCUACAAUAACCUUUGAUGACUCUUCUGCAUUAAUAUUUUAGCGUGAUGAUUGCAAUCGCUCUCGCAAGCCAGACAAAGGGUGUCACAAGUGUGAACAUUGUUGCAGGCUCAGUUACAAAAUUGAUCGGUGUUAUGCUUACAUGGUCAUCCUCCUUUAUCUGUUGUGGUUGCCCAAGCUGCUCCCUCACAACCGUCUGAUUUGAUUCCCACUUUAUCCGAUAAUUUAGGAUAGCAUGCUAUCUUUAAUGAAUUUCUCAACUGAUAUGAGGAUCGUUAGAACUCAGGCUCCACUACUUCUAUGAAGAUCGUUAGAACUCUGGCUCCAUUGUUUCUAUUAGUCACACAGAUUCAGCAUUUGCUAGCCUCACUCACUCCAACUCUCCUGGACUUUGGGUUCUAGACUUAGGUGCCACAAAUCACAUUACUGGUAAUAAACUUUUUUUUUUCUCUUCUUUGCCUACUUCAGGUUAUUUGUCUUAUGACCAAUGGCUCUAGGGCCUCCUCACAUGGUGUUGGUAUUAUUUAUCUAUUUUAUCCUCUAUCUAUUGAUAAUGUUCUUUAUGUCCUUGAGUCUUCAUUUAACUUAUUAUUCCUUAGUCGUCUCACCCAUUCUUAAGAAGAUUGUGUUAUCUUUUUUACGAAGAUUCUGUUUGUUUAUAGGACUAGAGAUCACAAUGGAUGUUUGGCACUAGGUCUAAGUUUUAUGGUCUUUAUCAUCAAAGGACAUCUCCACAUGUUGGAAUAGUAUUGGAUACUCCCUCUCUCAUUCAUGCUCAGCUGGGUCAUCAUAGCCUCACCAAGAUGCAACAGUUUGAUUCAAAUUUUUCUAAGUAAAUCAAGUUUGUCUUGUGCGUCAUGUUGAUUAGGAAACCAAUUGUACGUUCUGUGGUUUGUCAAUAUUGUUGUGUGUUGCAUUUCGGGGUCAGCACUUACAUUUUAGUUUGAAACCCAGAUUUCUUGACCUUCCAGAGAUGAGAAAAAAUGGUAUAUUUCUUUUGAUUACAGACUUUCUUGCGUAACUCUGUCAUCCCUAAGGUUUGUUCUUCCCCUAUUCUUGUUCCUACUUAGCUUCUUCUCCUGUUCUGAGAUUAAAUUGUGGUAACUCCCUCAUCCCUAGGGUUUGUUCUUCCCCUAUUCUUGUUCCUACUUAGCUUCUUCUCCUGUUCAGAGCUUAAACUAAGGUUUGUGUUGUGACAUAUCCAUUGCAUACUCAUUGAGGGUACUCCAGUCUUGAUGUGGGAGAAGUUGUAUCUAGUGAGUUGAUUAGGGAUAGAAGGUGGUGAUUUGGGUUCAACAUUCAGCAAUGGAUGUCGAAGAAGCAGAGAGUGAAGUUUCAGUUUCUUCUGCCAUUGCCAAUUCAAUAGCUCCUCGGCAGAAUCAAUUUCUUUCUCCGGAAGAUCUUGCUUGGGCUGAUUCCUGCCUAGUUAAAGAUUCUUCUGAUAUUUCAGAAACUGAUUGGGUCCCUUUGAAAAGUGCUUUAUUAGAAAUUAUUAGUUCCCAAUCUAAAUUUUCCAGAGAAGACAUAGAAAUUCCUCCCCACCGUAUCAGUUCUGAAAGUAUUUCUGUGGAACUUAAUCAGCAAUCUUCAACUUCUGACGGGAGAGGUUUAUCUGAGUCGUCUUCAACGUAUAAUGUUAACUCAUUAAGUAUGCUAGUAGAAACAAGCACUGAUGAAAUUCCAGAUGAUGAAACGAGUGCCAACUUGCCAUCUUUCAAUCCUUUUUUGCCAACUUAUAAUGAAAAUCUGAAGGAGGAGAAAACCAUUGAUUUUGGGCUUGAUCUGGAUUCUUCCUCUUAUGAGACGGAGCAACUCGCUGACAAUAUCUUCAAAAUUUGGGAUUUAGAUAUUCCAUCUGAAGAAGGUGAACUGGUUAAACAGUUGGAUAAAGCCUUGUCAGAGAAUUCCUUUCAAACAGUGCCAUCAUCUUCUGAUGAUCCAGUGAAAUGGAUGGACAUGAAGGACAGCUCAAUCGAUGAUCUUGUUGCUGAAAUUGCUGAUUUGUCAUUAAGUAGAAAUGCAUAGUGUUCAAUGAUUUUUUUGUAGGUUUAAGAUUGUGCAGUCAAUUAUGCUUACUGUCAAGUAUUAGUAUUUAAGAGUUCGAAGCCUCUUUCGCUUCAAUGUUGAUAUUUCUUUUAUUUGGAACAAUGUAGAAGCCCUGAAUUAUCUUUCUAACAUAGGAUUGUCAUCUGUUCUAUACAAAGCUGCCUGUUAUCAAGAAAA